AUGAAGCCGGCAUCGAGGCUUCAACGGCCGCGAGCGUCUUCUGCAUGGCCAACAGCCUGUUUCGUGGAGAAAGAGUCGACUUCGUGGUUGAUCAACCUUUUAUUUGCCUCCUCCUCGACGACCGACUUGGCGGGUGUCCUCUGCUCAUGGCAACGGUGGUACGGCCAGAAUCCUGCCAGAACAGUUAGUUUGGCCAAAGAGACCUGGCUUCGGUCGCAUCAGGAGGAAACCGGGAGUGGUUCCGAUUUGGCUAAGCCUGUCUUGGUCUAA